AUGAUUCGCGACCCGUUCAACAUCCAUCGGAAGAACGCCUUUCAAGCUACCGCUCUCCGAGCCGCGCAAAACAUCAGGGACGCGGCAGCUCAGGCGGGCGCCACCGCCCUUGACAUGUCCUUUUCCAUCCCAAAGAACAUUCCCGACUUUGCGGCUCCGCAUCGCGAUCUCGAGGACCGGGCAUGGACAGCGGUCCCGAACCGCGCUGGCGCCGGCCUCCUCAACCAAGUCCAAGGCCGCGUGGCGGGCCUCUUCGACCAGCAAGAACUGCCCAUGUACAAGGAUAAGCCAUACACGUACGCGCCGUCGAUGCGGCGGCGCCCGUGGUGGAGGCGGAAGCGCAUCCUGAGCACCCUGGUGCUAGGCGCGUUGACCCUGCUAUACCUGACGGGCUUCUUCUCCAGCCGCAACGAGAAGCGCAGGCCGACAACUACCUGGUCAUGGAUGGGCUUGUCGCAAGACAAGGGGAGCGCCGACUGGCACGAACGACGACAGCAUGUCGUCGAGGCCUUUGAGUUGAGCUGGGACGCAUACGAGCGCUAUGCCUGGGGAUACGACGAAUACCACCCGAUCGCAAAGACGGGCGAGCAUAUGGCUCCCAAGGGCCUCGGUUGGAUCAUCAUCGACUCGUUGGACACUAUGAUUCUCAUGAACCAGACGAAGCGCCUGCACCAUGCGCGCGAGUGGCUCUCCAAGACGCUGACGUGGGAUCAGGACCAGGACGUGAGCACUUUCGAGACGACGAUUCGAAUGCUCGGAGGCCUGCUGUCGGCGCAUUAUCUGCCGGGAGAAGACCUGUACCUCGAAAAGGCCAAGGACCUUGGCGAUCGCCUUCUCGCAGCCUUCGACUCCACUUCGGGCAUUCCGUAUGCCAGCGUCAACCUCGGAAAGUACGUCGGGAUACCGUCUCACGCCGACAUGGGAGCGUCCUCGACGGCCGAGGCCACGAGUGUGCAGCUCGAGUUCAAAUACCUGGCCAAGCUGACGGGCGAGAAGCAUUUUUGGGAAAAGGCCGAAAAGGUCAUGGAGAUUAUCGACGAAAACAAUCCCACAGACGGGCUGGUGCCCAUUUACAUAUACGCAACCAGCGGCGCGUUCCGUGGCCAGAACAUCCGACUGGGCAGCCGGGGCGACUCAUACUACGAGUAUCUGAUUAAGCAGUAUCUCCAGACGAACAAAAAGGAGCCAGUGUAUGGGGAGAUGUGGGACGAGUCGCUGCAGGGCGUCCGGAAGCACCUGGUAACGUACACGGAGCCCUCCAAAUUCACCAUCAUCGGCGAGCGCCCAGAAGGGCUGGACGGGUCAUUGUCUCCCAAGAUGGACCACCUGGUAUGCUUUAUGCCGGGGACGAUUGCUCUGGCGGCCACGGGGGGGCUCAGCGAGGUCGAGGCGCGGAAGCUGCCGAGCUGGUCCAAGAAGAGCGAGGACGACAUGAGGCUCGCGCGGGAGCUGAUGCAGACGUGCUGGGGCAUGUACAAAUACAUGGCCACCGGACUCGCGGCGGAGAUUACGCACUUUCAGAUCCCGACGCCGCCUCUACCGGAAUCGGCUGCCCACUCGGCGCCGGCCGACUUUGACGCGGAUCCCAAGGGCGAGUGGCGGCGCGACUUCAGCGUCAAGUCCAAUGACGUGCAUAACCUGCAGCGGCCCGAGACGGUGGAGAGCCUCUUUUACAUGUGGCGGAUCACGGGCGACGUCAAGUACCGGGAAUGGGGAUGGGAGAUGUUCAGGUCGUUUAUGAACCACACGGCCGUGGAGGACCGGGGCGGGUUCACGAGCCUGCACAACGCCAACGUGAUACCGCCCGUCGUCAAGGACAACAUGGAGAGCUUCUGGCUGGCCGAAACGCUCAAGUACAUGUACCUGCUCUUCUCGCCGGACGACGUGUUGCCUCUGGACAAGAUUGUGCUCAACACGGAGGCGCACCCGUUUCCGCGGUUCGACAUGGGCGCGGCGUUUUCGACGGGCUGGACGCGCAAGCCGCGGGACGCGAACGGCAAGAUUGUGGGGGGGGCCCAAAGAAAGGCAAGCGAGGAGUCGUAG